UAGUUAUGUUAUAUUUUAUAAAAAGCCUAGCACAUGUGAUCAUAGAAAAAUGGACAAGACAAUAAAGUUAUACAUUAAAGGAAGAAAAGUCAAAGAAAAGAAAAACAGAUUGAUAACGUGAGAUUGAGAAAAAGAAAAUUGCAGGAAAAAAAAAGAGUGAGGAAAAUGGUAAGCGAAGGAGCAAUUGUAACAUCAGCAAUGGUUGCAGUUCAGUUCGCGGAUAUUGGAGGCAGCACUCUAAUCAAAGCAGCAACCAACGAUGGAAUGAGUAUUUAUGUUUUCACAUUUUACUCAAACCUUUUUGCUCUAUGUUUUCUUCUACCAUCCACUCUUUUCUACCAUAGAAAAAGAGCUCCUCCUCCUAUUUCAUCAUCAAUUUACUGCAGAUUGUUUCUUCUCAGUUGCCUAAGUACUUCAGUGCAGAUUUUGAUGAACACUGGAAUUAGAUGCAGCUCUCCCACGUUGGCAUCUGCUAUGGUUGACCUUGUCCCGGCUUUUACCUUCAUACUUGCUCUAAUUUCAAGGAUGGAAAAUCUAAAUUUGAAACAGCAUAGCAGCCGUGCUAAAAUUAUUGGUACAAUGGUGUCCAUAGCAGGAGCAUUAACUGUGACAUUAUAUAAAGGAAUCCCAUUGAUUAAUGAUGCUUUUCAAAAUAUAAGAAUGGGAGCAAGUGGCAUGUACUUGACAGGGAGUUCACAAUGGAUACUUGGUGCUUUUCUUCUUACCGUUGCUAGCUUUUGCCUUUCAGUUUUAUAUAUUGUCCAGACUUGGAUUUUGAGGGAUUAUCCUGAAGAGGUAAUGGUAACAACCAUUUGUUGCAGUUUGGUGAUAAUCCUAUCUGCAAUUGUAGCUUUCAUUACAGAGGGAAAUUCUAAAGCUUGGACACUAAAACCUGAUAAGGAGUUGGUAUCUAUAUGUUAUUCAGCAAUUUUUCUUGUUUCAAUGAGGAGUGUUGUCUCUGCAUGGGCGCUUCGUAAGAAAGGACCAAUAUAUGUAGCUAUGUUCAAUCCUUUGGGAAUGAUCAUUGCACUUGUCACGGGGGUAAUAUUUUUGGGAGACAAUCUUUAUCUUGGAAGCAUGAUUGGAGCUGCUAUAAUAGCCAUUGGAUUUUAUGCUGUGAUGUGGGCACAAGCUCAAGAGGAACAAAAAGCAAGCCAAAAUAAUAUUCCCACGUCUUCUUUGGCCCCUCUUUUAUCAGAUUUAUUUUAUAAUAAGUGUAAUUGCUAUUGUUUCACUAAAUAAAACUAUUGAAGAUUAUUUCCAUGAUAUUGUAGUCAACUUGUUUACUGCAAUUAAUCAAUCACAAACUGUAAUA